UCACCAGGCAGACGUCGAGGCCGCCCAGUCAUAUACCAAACUGCACCCAUGUUAAAAUAAAAAGACAAAAGAAUAUUUUCCAUAUUCUUUAAGUGCUUUCAAACCAUCUUCAAUAUUUAUUUUUACCUUUAUGCGGAACCUGGCUUUACAACGGCCGAGUUGCGCACGUUGAUGUUCACUUGUCGACAAGCUUCACAUGACCAUCUCGAACCACACAACACGGUAUUAUGUCAUGCCUCGACCUUCAAGACAAGACCAAAAAACAAGGGCCACACCUUUUCUGCGGCCACGAUCGCAAGGCACACCUGCGCCCUGCACACUGCAACCUACACCCGCGGCCGCGCUCGUGCGCGCUAAACCCCGUGAGGAAAGGUCGUCGGUUGCCGCGAUAGGCCGUAUAAGCCCAGCCGGCCAUGCGUUUUGGUUGGUCCCAUGCGGAGAGCACGCUGUGGUUGCCGCACCUUUUGCUCGGUGCAGAUGUGAGUUUGUGUCGUCAUCAUGCCUAUAGACAUAGAAGACAGGCGUAGUGGCCAAAUGAGUGCUGCUCUCUCUUGUGUCUGGCAGACGCGAGGCUUUCUUUUCUUGGGCCCUGAUCACCUGCUGCGGUCGAGUGCCUUCUCUUGUGCGAUAAACUUUGUUUCUUGGUCUCUUGGAAUAGGCCAUAUGCUUUGUGCCUGUUGGAAAUCCAGUCAGUCGUUCACGCUGUGAGUCGAGUCGGUGUCUGUCCCUUGAGUACUUGAAUCAAGGUGUCUGCUGCUCGUCUGGCCCUGCUGUGUGUUUAUCUCUUUCUUCUCGUUAUUGUCUCCAUGCCACUUUUUAUCGUCUACCAUUACUCACUAUCCGCGGCCUCUUUACUGGACGCGACCUUACAAAUUUAAGAACAGCGGUGCAAGGACCUCCUUUUCGCACCGUCACUAGCACUGCCCAGCGUGGGUGCUCAAACAAGUACACCGGCCUCGACGCCAGAUCCGUCGACCUCCAAGAAGAUGUCGAGGCGCAUCACCAUCGAGACGGACGCUUCAGGCAAGCAGCAGUUUGUAUCCAUCAAACGCUCGCGCUCUGACAGCCACAACCAUCAUCACCAUCACCAUCACCACGACCGCCCGUCCGAGUAUGUCAAGCUUCGACGCGAGGAGUGGAUUCGACUUGUCGAAGCAGAGAGAACACUGCAAGCCACAAACCAUCGUCUUGUCUGCGAAGUCAACGGGCUCAAGGAGAGCUUGACAACGGCACGGGCUGAUCUUCAUCAGUUUGGAAGCGUCGUCGUGCCCAAGCUCGAAUGUCAAAUCGCCGCGUUGAAAGCCGAGAACGAGGGUCUGCAGAAGUCUGUCGAGAAUGCAACAUGCCAGUUACAUGCUAGCUACAAGCUUGUUGAGAGCUUGGAAACCAAGAUCGAGCAUCUCGAAAAGGAUAGCAAGACGCUCAAGUGCCAGAACGACGACCUCAAGCAUCGUGUCAAGGAGCUCUCGCGGCAGCUGAGCGAGAGCUGCAGCCGGCGUGUGUCAGAUCUUGCUCGCGAGGUCGAGCACUGGAAAGAGCGCAUGUGUUACUGGAAGAACCAAUACGAUGAUUUAUACCAGCGGUACAACGAGAUGUGCCACACGUUGAGACUGCGGACAGAGAAGAUGCUGGCGUACGAGGAGAUUCUGCGUCGGCACCAUUAUAUUUGAGGAUGCUUUUGAUGUUGUUUGAUGCAUGUUUUGUUGUACUUUUAUCUUUAUGAUGUUAUGACGAUGUGUUAUGGAAGUGUUUGGUUCGAAUGUACCCAGAGUUGUUAUGUUAAUGUUUUGUGUUAGAGAGGGUGGAAGAGGGGCUGCCAAGUGUCAGGCCCGGCAAUGUAUUGGUUAGGAAGUACUAGACGUAUGUAGCUACUAUGCUAUAAUGGAUUAUAAUUUUAUAUAGCAAUCACCUAAUAUUUUCUUCAUUGUUUAAAAAAAGAAAGAAAAAA